CCAGUGUGCGCGGCGGGAAGCGGAACUCCCGCGCGCUGGACCGUCUGCUUCUGGCCGAGCGGGGUUUGCGGUGCACCACGGCUUUCUGCGCGGGCGGCAUGGAGGAGCGCAGCGAUUCCAAACCUACCCCGGGAUGUAGCGGGCCUGGCCCGGCUCCCGUUCGCGAUGGCGGCGGCGCCCACACAUGGGCUCCGGAGGACGCCUGGAUGGGCACACACCCUAAGUAUUUAGAAAUGAUGGAAUUAGAUAUAGGAGAUGCCACCCAAGUUUAUAUAGCAUUCUUGGUUUACCUGGAUCUCAUGGAGAGUAAAAGUUGGCAUGAAGUAAACUGUGUAGGAAUACCAGAACUACAACUCAUCUGCCUCCUUGGCACUGAGAUCGAAGGGGAAGGGCUGCAGACGGUGGUGCCUACACCCAUUUCUGCUUCCCUCAGCCAUAAUAGGAUAAGGGAAAUCUUGAAGGCGUCUAGAAAGUUGCAAGGCGAUCCAGAACUGCCGAUGUCUUUUACUUUGGCCAUAGUGGAGUCAGAUUCCACAAUAGUCUAUUAUAAACUUACCGAUGGAUUUAUGCUGCCAGACCCUCAGAAUAUUUCUCUUAGAAGAUGACAUCUGCCCUUCUUGGUGCUGACUUCAGUUCUGAAAGAUUGGAUGUGAGGCUCCUCAGCGAGCUGCUCGUCUUUUAUCUCAGAGGUAGUCAGGGCUGACUUAGCUAGUCCCAACCCAUAAACUUCCUUUCAGAAUAAAGCCUUCUCCGAUGGAAGCACUAUAUUGCUUGCAAAUAUAGUUAGCCUAGAACUUUCUUAUCAGAGACAGUACAGUUGCAUGCGGGUUUACACCAAGGAUACGUGCAGAGUUGUGGAGCCUGGCAGUGCCUCUGCCAUCCCACGUAGUCGAUAGACAGGUAUCAGUGAGUGGUACGGAGAAAACGCUACAGCAAGAAAACGGACACAAGAGCAUUAACGUGGUCAUGGGUGUGAAUGACACGCCAGGCUAUGAAAGUGACAAUCAGAUUACUGAUAGUGGUCUCAGUAGGAUGGCAGGCAGCAAGUGGAUGCCUUUGUCCUUCUCCACAUUUCAUUUGUCAUUUGUAUUACUUUUAUAAUAAAACGGUUUAAAAUAAAAAAUAUCUUGAAA